UUGGAAUAUUGGGAAUUCUUGUGUGAGUAAUAAAGUUAACAUUUUUUUGAUCUAAGGGAGAUAACUACCAGUACCUGAUUGAGGAAGUGACGUCGUACAGUCUAACUAGGGAGGAAAGGAAGAGACCCUUAUUUUAACAAAUCACAUAUAGUGAUGGAGGAAGAAGAAUCGCCAACAGUACUAAAGGCUCCGGGGUUGGAGGAACAAGAAUCACCAACAGUACUAAAGGCUCCGGGUUUCUGUGACAAAGCUUUCUCCAUUUUGUUCACCUUGCAGAAAUCCCAGCAACAGUGUGACCUUGUUCUUCAGGUCACAGAUGGAGAGGUCAAAGUUCACAGCCUCGUUGUGGUCUCCAGCAGCAGCUACUUCAGGCAGUGGUUUCUUGACCAAACCAACAAGACAGGAUUGACAUUUAUAAUGCCAGACGUUUCCAUGGAGGAACUCCAAGACUUUGUGGAAUUCUUUUACACCGGAAGUCUGAGGCUGACGUCUGGAAUCAUUCACAGGCAAAUGGCUCUGUAUGAAAAGUUCAAAGUUGAUGAAGCUGUGAAGCUUUGCAAGCUGUUUAUUGAAGGUGUUAGAUCUAACUUUGUGUCACAAGACGUUUCACUCAGCUUGUCUGAAGGUCUGGACAAUUCAAAACCACAUGACGGGGAUACUCAGUUAAACCAGUCGGGUUACGAUUGUGAAAUGAAGACUUCCGAAGAGUUGUCCAAAAGUCAGGCAGAUUCAGUUUGUGCUGUUAAGGAAGAAGAUGAUGCUGGGAUUGACAUUGAAUCUGCAGCAUCUUUUAAGACAGAAGGAACCUUCUGCAGCAAGUGCAAGAAGAAGAUGUCCAGCAGACGCAGAAAGAGUACAAAGCCAAGAAAAGCUUUUACUGUGUUGAAGAUGGAAGCUGAAAACAAUGGUAGGAAGAAAGCAAAGAUUAAGGUAGAAAGUGAUUCAGUGUUUUCUGACAGUACCACUGGUGUUGUUCCUGACCAGAAAGCUGACUGUGAUGAUCAAGAUGAGCCUGAUGACUCGCAGACUGUGGAACAGAGUGACAGCCUUGAAUAUCUCGAUCAUUCCACCAGUGUGACAGAAUCCAACACCAGUGACACUGUGUCGCCCAGACCAACGACACGGUCACUGCGUAAGCGCUCACUCUUGGUGCGGCCAAAAGACUAUUCGCAGCUUGAGGAAGAUCCUGGUAAAAAGGAAACCGUGUACUCGUCUGAAGUGAAGUCUUAUAUUAGAACAACCCGUGUCAGGGGCUCUAAAGGCUUUGGCAAAAAGAGGGUGAAUCGGCAUCUCUAUUCGUGCGAUAUCUGUCAGUACAAGUCGAAGAGCAUGCGGGAUAUUGAUGGACACAAGCACUCAAAGCAUGACAUCGCCUUUGAUAACACCAAGUACACUGUGUACAGGUGCCAGGUAGAGAGCUGUAACUUUGAGACCCUGGAGCCAGCACGACUCGACAAGCACAUGGCAUACCGCCACUCGGACGAGCGUCCGUAUGUCUGUGAGUUCUGCGCACGUGCCUUCAAGACCCUGCCCGAGCUCAAGUUACACCUCAACCUCCACCUCAACGACAAACUGCAGUGCAAAGAGUGCGGCAAAAAGUUUGUGUCACCCAGUGGCUUAAAGAAGCACGUUGAGGAGAAGCACCUGGGAAUAAAGAACGAGAACAUGUGUCACCUGUGUGCAUACCGGACAACCACCGGGCUGAACACACUCACCCAGCACAUGUACACCAAGCACAGCAUCCCGCUCCCCACCAACUUCAAAGUGUUCAAAUGUGAGAAAUGUGAUUUUGAAACGUUUCGAGCCCGUGUGUUUACCAGCCACCAAAACAUGCAUACUGGAACCCGUGACUGGCAAUGUGACAUCUGCCAAAAAAAGUACACAACAGAACACAAUCUGAAAUGUCACAAGCUGUGGCAUGAUGAGAAGAAGUUCAUCUGUACGUACGACGGUUGUAGUUACUCUGCCAUCCAGAAGAGCAGAUUACAGGAGCACAUCAAGAGAAUGCACACAGAAAAGGACGUGAAGCCAUACUCGUGUCACCUGUGUCCUCACAAGUCAAAGAUUGCUGGCAACCUCGACAAACACCUUCGCAGUGUGCACAAUCUGCACAUCCCAGACAAACGCAAGUACUCACACCUCUAUAACCUGGGACGCAACCUCAGUCACCUGGAGGAGACGCCUUAUGGGACAGACCAAGACAGAGAGCGAGACGGAACUCACCAGCAGGCUGACGAAGACCGCCCGUACGGCUCGGAGGCUGACAGCAUGCUGCAGGGUGAGUCGACCGUCGCUGAACCCGAAACACUGACACCGAGCUCCAUGGAUCUGAGUCGUAAACACCCGGUCACAGAACAUGUGGUGGGGGGUGGCCUCGACAAGGACAAGGACACAAUGUUUACGAACAUGGCCAACGCUAAUCCAGCCUUCCUGCUAGAGGCCUACCAGAGCGCGAUGGCCCGGGCCGGCCAUGUGACGGGGCCGCCGCACGGCAUGCCUGUCUUCCCCAUGCCACAGCCAUACCGGUCAGCUGAGGCUGUGCCCAGCAUGCCGUACGUGAUGCAGGAUCAGUCAUACGCGGGGCAGUCCACUGAUAGCUACACACUGCAGGACUCAAUCAACUACUCCAUGGACAGUUACCGCUAAUAUAAUGUUAAUGUAGGAUCAGUCGUACGCGGGGCAGUCCACUGAUAGCUACUCACUGCAGAACUCGAUCAACUACUCCAUGGACAGUUACCGCUAAUAUAAUGUUAAUGUAGGAUCAGUCUACGUGGGGCAGUCCACUGAUAGCUACACACUGCAGAACUCGAUCAACUACUCCAUGGACAGUUACCGCUAAUAUAAUGUUAAUGUAGGAUCAGUCUACGUGGGGCAGUCCACUGAUAGCUACUCACUGCAGAACUCGAUCAACUACUCCAUGGACAGUUACCGCUAAUAUAAUAUUAAUGUAGGAUCAGUCGUACGUGGGGCAGUCCACUGAUAGCUACACACUGCAGGACUCGAUCAACUACUCCAUGGACAGUUACCGCUAAUAUAAUGUUAAUGUAGGAUCAGUCGUACGCGGGGCAGUCCGCUGAUAGCUACACACUGCAGGACUGGAUCAACUACUCCAUGGAAAGUUACCACUAAUAUAAUGUUAAUGUAGGAUCAGUCGUACACCGGGCAGUCCACUGAUAGCUACACACUGCAGAACUCGAUCAACUACUCCAUGGACAGUUACCGCUAAUAUAAUAUUAAUGUAGGAUCAGUCAUACGUGGGGCAGUCCACUGAUAGCUACACACUGCAGGACUCGAUCAACUACUCCAUGGACAGUUACCACUAAUAUAAUGUUAAUGUAGGAUCAAUCUACGUGGGGCAGUCCACUGAUAGCUACACACUGCAGGACUGGAUCAACUACUCCAUGGACAGUUACCACUAAUAUAAUAUUAAUGUAGGAUCAGUCGUACACCGGGCAGUCCGCUGAUAGCUACACACUGCAGGACUCGAUCAACUACUCCAUGGACAGUUACCGCUAAUAUAAUGUUAAUGUAGGAUCAGUCGUACGCGGGGCAGUCCACUGAUAGCUACACACUGCAGGACUCGAUCAACUACUCCAUGGACAGUUACCACUAAUAUAAUGUUAAUGUAGGAUCAAUCUACGUGGGGCAGUCCACUGAUAGCUACACACUGCAGAACUCAAUCAACUACUCCAUGGACAGUUACCGCUAAUAUAAUGUUAAUGUAGGAUCAGUCUACGUGGGGCAGUCCACUGAUAGCUACUCACUGCAGAACUCAAUCAACUACUCCAUGGACAGUUACCGCUAAUAUAAUUUUAACUGUUUGCAUGGAUAGUUAGUACUAAUGUUAAAGGGACAUACUUGAGUUUGCUGCAAUUUUUAAGAUGUUAUCGACUAACAGAGACUUUUUAACGAUUGUAAUUACAUAUUAAAUGUAUUUUCCUGCAUAAAAUAUUAGUGGCUGUA